CGUCAACACACACACUCUCUCCCCGUCUAUAUAAACAUCUUCUUCACAGUCCCCACAAAGUCCUCUUCCGUUGCCUUUUCGCUUUCUCCGUACACUUGGCCUUCCUUCUAGCGAUCAAACCCUAGGUCCCGCCAUUGUUGGUCCCAGACUUCAAUCGAAGCUCCAAUUUCACUAAUUUCAGGUGUUGUUUAUUCUCUGGAAGUUGGCGAUACAAUGGAUUCUACUGCUGCAACCAAACGUGUUGUUGACCCACUUACUGUUGGGAGUGCGUUUGUCAAUCAGUACUACUACAUUUUCUGUAACAUGCCUGAGCAUCUGCCCCGGUUUUAUCAAGAGAUCAGUAGAGUUGGCCGUGUUGGACAGGACGGAGUCAUGCGUGAUUUCUCCACUUUUCAAGGUAUAAGUGAGGAGCUUAAGAGACUGACUUAUGGAGAUUGCAACUCGGCUGAGAUAACCAGUUAUGAUACUCAAGAGUCUCACAAUGGGGGUUUCCUUCUCUUCGUUACUGGAUACUUCACUCUAAACGAGAGAUCGAGAAGGAAAUUCACCCAAACUUUUUUCCUUGCCCCGCAAGAAAAGGGUUUCUUUGUUCUGAAUGACAUCCUCAGAUUUGUUAAUGAUGAUGCUAAGGAUAAUGUUCCAGAGACCAUAGAUGGGGAAGUUGUUUCUGGGAUAAACUCUACAACACCCACUAUUAUCAAUGGCAUGAAGGGUUCGGAGCAAGCUGCAUGUGUUUCAGUGAAUCCUGUUUGUAAGGAAGUGUCCAAACCCUUGGAUAAUGAGAAUGCUAAGGAUAAUGUUCUGGUACCUGAGAUUGCUAAUGAAGUUGCAAGGACUGAGAUAACUUGCAAAGAAGUUGCAGAUGAUUCACAGAAAAAUUAUGACCCUGAUGAUGGACUUGCAGAUGCUCCCAAGAAAUCCUAUGCCUCUGUGUUGAAGGUUACGAAAGAUAAAUUUGGAGUUCCAGCUGUCUCUUUACCUUCUCCAAAGAAGAUACCUAAAGACCAAGAACAUCAAGCGCCUUCAGAUCCUUCUACAGGCCAGAUACUCAAAGACCAAGGUCAACAAGCAUCUUCAGAUCCUUCUCAAGUGAUAGAAUCUGAUACAGUUUCUGAGUCUGUUGAUGCUUCUGAAAAUGGGCACAAUCAGGAAGCGGUAGCUGAGGGUACAUCUAUUUAUGUGAGACAUCUUCCUUUUAAUGCCAACAUUGACAUGCUUGAGGCUGAAUUUAAGCAAUUUGGAGCUAUUACCAAUGGUGGGAUUCAAGUCAUAAAUCAAAGGGGCCUUGGUUAUCCUUAUGGUUUUGUUGAGUUUGAGGAGGCAGAUGCUGCCCACAGAGCAAUAGAGGCUUCACCUGUGAAGAUUGGUGGACUGAGAGCUUUUGUGGAGGAGAAGCUAUCGACAUCAAGAGGUAAAAGAGGAAAUGGAAACGUGGGAUACGGAAAUAGGAAUGUGGGAGUGGGAAUGAGAGGAAGAGGAAGUUAUGGAUAUGGCUAUGAUUACAGGAGGGGAGGUCGAGGUCCUGGAGGAGGAGGAAGGUCUUUUAACCGUAGAGGCAAUGAAUACGUCGCCAGCAUCAACUCGUACUAGAGCGGAUUUGGGUUCUCUUGUGGCGGAUAAUUGAUUUUUGGAAUGGUGGAAAGAAGAUGGUAGCAAGACAGACAGAAUUGGUAGAUAUCUCUCUCUCGGGUAUUCAAAUAUUAGUAAAAGGUAAAAAAAAAAAAAAGGAUUUGUGGUGAUAUUAUGGCUUAUGAUAUGUAAGACGUUUCUAAUUCGACAAUCUAAAUUUAAUGAAAUGAAUGUGCUUAUGCUUUUGUUUUU